GUCGUCAUUGAAGUUGGAAAUCACGCACGUUACUCAUGUAAUUGUGACUUUUUAAUUAUCUAUUAUCAGUAUGUCUUGUUAAUUUGAUAUGGAAAUGAAACAAAACUCUGUUAUUUGCUUGAGAAAUUUUACAGUCGUGAUAACGAAUGUUGGUAUUUAAAAUGGAGGAAUGAUUGUUCUCAAUUUUCCAUAUCCACUAAUCCAGAUUAGUUUACUCGGGUUUGUUCGGUAUUGCUCUCAAAUCUGUUCGAAUCUGCAGACCCGGCAGACGGAUAAAAAUAACUCGGAUACCGACGAAAUAAUGUAGAUUUCUUUUCAUCUAAAUGUUGCUAUAUCAUAAUGAUUGCAUCGUCGAAUACUGGUUCUGAAAAAGAAAUUGAAGAUCCCGUUGAGCGGAUGUUAAAGAAAACCGGUUGCAUAGAAUUACAUUAUCAAAUUCAAGAAUGUAUAGCGGAACAUCAAGACUGGAGAAAGUGUCAAAAUGAAGUAAAAAAAUUUAAGGAAUGCAUGGAUAAAUACACAAAGCAGCAAGAACAUUAAUAGUGCUUUG